AUGGGAAUGCCGAUUGAACUUCGGGAAUGUGAACGGUCAAGGUUGCUGGCUGAGGCCCCUGUGAAGUCUGAGCCUGAGGGCGUCUUCCUAACGCGGGUUGCAGACUUCCUCCCCAAGAGAAAGGUGGAGAGCACAGGGAGUGCGAAGACUCCAGAUGGCAUUUGCGCUUCUGUGUUGGCUAUGCUCACAGGACGCUUUUUGGCGUUGACUGACCAGCAGCUCCUUGAGGAUAAAGCUGUGUCGAGCUCCGCCCGAGACAACCUGGUCAGUGAAUGCACCAACAUGGGUCUGAUCAGUGCCCUCAUGAUGACCAUUGUGGUGCCCAUGGCUUUCGAGAACGUGGACGACUGGUUGGAAGAGGACUAUGCUGGCAGCGGCUUUGCCUUUCAAGAUAGUUGGAUCGGGCAGCAACUGAGUGAAAGUCAAUUGCAAAAUGCAGUGACAGCCCUUCACGACUUGAGCCUUCUUGGCUACUUCGUGGGCUCUGUCGGCUACCUUUGUUCGACCAUUGUCACGGUGAUUAUCCUACUGUGCAUCGGGGAGAUCGAAUCGGAUGCCGGGGUGGAAGAAUUCUUGCGGCGCGUUGGCAACGCCACCCGUAUCCCGUACUUGUUCUGGUGGAAUGGCUCCAUCUUCGUCCUCCCCACGUGGGUUCGCUAUUUGUGCUCCUGCAAGACCCUUGAGGGACUUAUCACUCUGAGCGUUUCCAGCACGGCACUGAUGGCCUGCCUCUUGAUGUCCCUAAAUCACUAUGUACGUUGUUGCAUGCGCACGCACAAUUGCAUCAACGAGUACGAGGACUUGCAUCUGUCACAGAGCGAAGCGGAGGAGGAUGUGAAUGCCUGGUUCCAGAACAGCAAGGGCGGUAGCUUUCAGGAUUGCUUGAAGGAUAUGGCAGCUCGCCAUGGCAAGCUCAUCAUCUGCUUGGAUCAGAGUUCUCAAGAGCAUGUGGCGAUGUACUACCACAAGAAAAAGGCUGAGAGUGUUGGAAUUCCGCUCUCGCCAGCCGAUCUCUACCGAGUAGCGUACGUGAGUCCAGAGCUUUAG